AUGUUUAUUGUGGCGCUAGCUGUCAGUGAUUUACUAAUAUCUGUCAGCUGUAUGCCUCUGUCAGUUGCUACUCUCGUUCAAGGCCGAUGGAUUUUCGGGACCAGUGUUUGUCGACUCCAGGGUGCUGCAAUGUUUACGUUUUCAUUGGCGUCUCUAAAUACCAUGGGGGUUAUUGCAGUUAGCCGAUAUUUUUGCGUGCUGAAACCAACGAGGUACAUUGUAUUAUUCCGGAGGCAAAGAAUUUUGAUGUACACUGCGGUAGUAUGGUGUAUGGCUCUCAUUGGUUCAGUGCCUCCGCUAAUUUUUCAGACAGGCGGAUACACUUUCCAACCAGGAAAAGCAAUGUGCAUGUACCCAUUCCAAACUAACAUUGCUUAUACCGUCUUCAUCGAAUGUGUGUUUGUCGCUGCACCUUUUACAUUCAUCACUUUCUGCUACGCCAAAGUGUUCUACACAGUGUCAAGAUCAAAUCGUGUUUUCAUGCAAGAAAAUAACCCUGAACAGCUCAGAGCAAACGUCGAAGAAGCAAAAGUGACCAAGACAUUAGCCUUAGUCAUGGCCAGUUUCUCCUUAUGUUGGCUUCCUAUCUGUACUAUGGAUUACAUCGACGCAGCACGCGGGGAGCCCACUUUGCCACGACAGGUAUAUCUUACUUACGGGUUUCUGGCCUACCUAAGUAGUACAAUCAACCCCUUCAUAUAUGGCGCUACCAACAGGCGCUUCAGACAAGAAUUCAAAACCAUUUUGAAAACGAUAAGUUUGAUCUUUACUUGUGGUCGUUGCAGCUCAAGACAGAAUCCAGCGUCCGAUAAUCCACCAAAUUUAGCGGUGACGGAGCUUUAAACUAUGUAAAAACAAAUGUGGAAAACAAGAUGUCAAUGUUAGACAAGUUCAAGGCCUUUUGAGGUGAUACAAUGAAGACCUAACAAGUUUAAAACGGAGAGUAGAGGAAAGUGCUUUGGAAAAAGAAAUAGUUUUACUAGUAAUAAUAAUUAAUGAAUUGAAACCAAACGAAGGCCAAAUGGGCUAUAGACUCAGGGGCCAUAAGGGCGAGAGGAAUAAUUUGUUUAGUAAAAUCCAACUAGUUGGUCAAAAAUAUCAAGAAUAGAAAAACAUUUAGCUACUUAAAGCUAGACUUUGGUCCUUUUUUGCCGCCAAAAGGCCGGCGCUUUUCACUACUAGUGGGCUAUAACAUAUAGCCUAGUAGUAGCUCAACCAAUCAGAACGCAGCAUUGAUAAUAACCUUAGUUACAAACUAUAAAAAUACUCCUUAAAAAGAUACGUUUUAAGUCGAGAUUUAAAACUGUUAAGUGAUGUUGCUUGACGAAGCGCCACAGGCAGAGUUUCGGAGCUGCUGCAGAGAAUGAUCUUGCUCCUAAUGUUGUAAGCAUCUUUCCCUUGAGAUGGUCCAAUAAGAGCUUAUCAGUAGACCUAAGGUUAUAUAAUGAAUUCGAUUUUAUACUAAUAAGAUCGCUAAGAUGAGUUGGCGCUAGACCAUAAAUACAUUUGAAAGUCAAAAGUAAAAUCUUAUAGUCAAUACGCAAAGAAACCGGCAGCCUGUGCAGCUCAUAAAGCGCCGCUGUAAUGUGAGAAAAUUUUCCGAUGCCAAGAAUAAGUCUUGCUGCUGCAUUUUGUACACGCUGUAAUUUAGCGAUCUCCGCCUUUGGUAAGCCAAACAAUAAACCAUUACAAUAGUCAAGACGGCUGGUUAUAAAAGCAUGAACCAAAGUCAUUAAAGAAUCUCUCGACAGGUAUUUGUUAAUACGUCUCAAGUUAUGUAAAUGAUAAAAUGACGCAUUACAAGCCUUGUUUAUAUGAUCAGUCAUGCUAAGUUGCUGUCAAACCACGAUCAAGGUUUUUAACACAUGGGCUUGGACUGAUACGAUUAUUGCCCACAGUAAUGGAACACGAAUCUAGUUUAUCAAGCUGUUGUCGUUUUCCGACCAACAAAAAGUCCGUUUUAUCAUCAUUGCUCAUCAACCGAUCUUGAAUCAUCCACUUACUCACCGCGUCAAUGCACUUUUUCAUAGCUUGUAUAGCAUCAGCUUGAGUAGUGUUGCCGAGUGGUUUAAAACUCAGAUACAGCUGCGUAUCAUCUGCGAAACAGUGAGCAUCGAAAAGAUAAUGUUCUACGAUCUUAAACAGCUUAGACGCAUAAAUUAUGAAUAGCAAAGGCCCUAAACAUGAGCCUUGGGGUACCCCGCAGUUCAAGUUAAAAGGACGAGAGAGAACUCCAUGUACAGAAACGCGCUGACUUCUAUCAGAAAAGUACGAUCUAAACCAAUUCAGAGCAGUCCAACGUAUGCCAACCUCGUCAGAUCUCUUUAAAAGUAUUUCAUGAUAAACAGUGUCAAAGGCAGCACUGAGAUCCAAUAAAGUUAACAAAGUGACAUGUUGAGAGUUCAUCUUUAACAAAAUAUCGUUCAUCACCUUGAUAAGUUCCGUCUCAGUGCUAUGGAAUUGCCUGUAAGAAGAUUGAAGGGCAGGAAAAAUAGCAUUUGAAACCAUGUGAUCGUAAACUUGAUUAAAAACGACUUUUUCAGUCAACUUGGAUACGUAUUGUAAGUUAUUAACUGGUCUGUAAUUUUUGCGCAGCAAAUCCAAUCCAGGUUUCUUCAAGAUAGGAUUAAUAAGCCCACAUUUCCAAUCAUCCGCAAAUUCUCCAGAAUUAAGAGACAGGUUGAUCAUUUUAGUAAUGACUGGUAAUAGCACAUCAGCACAGCUGAUUACUAAAGGUGUUGACAUCGGAUCAAACAUACAGCUCUUCUUCGGAAAGCGGCCAAUCAACUUACUAACUGCACUUUCUGUUAAAGGGAUAAAGCUGUCCAGUGUUCUAGUUGGUAACGUUUUCACAUAGUCAAGAUGAGAAUCAUGCAAACAAUCAGCUAGUCUGUCCAAUUUGACAUGGAUGGCGUCAAUCUUUUCAACAAAGAAGCUACCCAUUUUAUUGGAUAAAACCAGCUUGUCACUUGUUGGUUGAAACGGUACUUCAUGACCUUGAUUUAGCAACCUCUUUGUUGCCGAGAAUAGGUUCCUUUGAUUGGAGUUAUUUUCAACAAUUAAGUCUGAGUAAAACUUACGACGGGAUUCAUUCAUCAGGUAGGUUGUAAAGUUCCUCUUCUUUUUAAAUUCAAGCAAAUCACGGACACUUCGAGAUCGACGCCAUUUUCUUUCAGCUCUCCGGCUUUCCCUCCUGGAAUCCCUAACAUGUUCACUAAACCAAGGUACCAAAUGCCUCGGGCUCGUUUACAUGCUGUUGAAGGCCCAUUGACUCAAGCAGCUCCUUUAAACAAACACUGUCUGCGUUCCCCGGAACGUCUUCAUGGAUAUCAAAAUUACCUGCUAUCAGUAACGUUACAGAUGACAUUAUGAUACUCUCCAAAAGACUCGAAAAAUCAGCAAAGAAUACACUCGUCGUGACAGGAUGGUUACUUGAAUAGGGUGGACGGCAAAUAAUGAUAAUCUGUAGUUUUCGCGACUGGAACUCGACCAUCCAAUGAAAAAACUCAAAAGAAGUACGCUCACCAGCAUCUACACGACUUGCAUGUAGAUUUUCUCUUAUCAAUAGAGCAGUUCCACCACCAGAUCGAUCAGAUCGUGUGUGAUCAAACAGCUUGUACUCGGGUGGGGUGAUUUCGGCUCUGCACGCAUCAUCAAUUUCUGAGAGCCAUCUCUCAGUUACUGCGAAAAUAUCACCUCCAGAUGACUCAACAUCUACUGACAGCUACUGACAGUGUAGCAUCACGGAACAGGCAUAAAUAGCUAUUUUGCUGGCACGGACCAGGGGACUGGACACAUUAGGAGGAAUUGUAUUCAAUUUCAGUCUUUGUGACAUGUUUCAUUGUUCGUUACAAAUUUAAAUCAGUCAACGACAUCACAUACAUCUAGGGGAGCUUAGGGGUAUUUUUUCAUUUCUGCAGCCAUUUCGCUACUGAAGGUGUUUAGCAUCAUAUAUCUCUGUCCUCCAGUUGUCUUCACUGCAGCUGAUUUUAGCACGUUGGGGUAUGCGGUCCUUUGUUUUGCAGAAAGUGGCGACGUAUUUCUUUUCUUUGCAUGGUUUUAUUGUUUGCGGGUUUUAUAACCAAGGGUGCACGGAUUAGCUGAUGGCAAAAUUGCAAAACUGCCAAAUAACAUCGAAAGUAGUUAAAACCGGUUUUGAUGUCCUUUGCUCAGACCUUCAGGUCCCUAUCCAUCUAUUCUGACGGUUUUCUGUUUUGAAACGCAAACCCUCAAGCAGAUUACUGGGGAUGUCUCCGUCCUUCUGCAAAAAAUUAAAGCCAUACUCUUUUGCCCUCCCCUCCCCAACCCUGAGAGGGUACUCCCUAUAAUGGCUUUACAUUAGGGCUCCUAUCGAGAGCAGUACAUUCUUCAGGCUUCCUGGGUAUAUUAUUAAACGCCAGGAAUUUCACAUGAUGAGGUAUAUGAAACAAAAGGGAAAUCUUGUUUGAGAUAUCUAAGAGGGUUUACAAAAUACUUCGAGGAGAUGCUAUUCUCUCGCACUUUGCAAUAAAACUGUCACGCUUGGUAAUGAAUUUUGCUUUUGCACCCUGUAAUGACAGGCUAUUAAACUUUUUAAGUCGGAAAAGAAACCAAACUCUCGGAUGGUUGAUGUGCAUGUAUAAGAAAAAUCAUUUUCGACAUUAUGAUAAGAAUUGCAAUUAGUAGAAUAGAUGGUUUUUCAAAUUCAAAUUCUAAUUUAGCAUCAUGAUUCUUAUAUGAGAGUACGAAGGUUUUGUUGCAUUAGGAAUUAAGUAAAGUUAUUUUCAAGACUAAGAAUAACUGCACUAUAUCUUCAUGAAAUGGGGCCUUAUUAUGAGAAUACUCAAAAGUAGGUUGAGUUUGAUCGUCCGGGUGAACAUAGUCCUGAAUAGCACUAUUAGAGCAAAUAAUCCAAGGAUGGUCCACGGUUCCAACUCGUCUUUAUUACAUUUAAAACGAAUUACGAUUACGGUUGCUAAAAGCGAAACAAAAAAUACAAAUUACUGAGGAAUACAAAUGACAGCUAUGAAACGACGAAAAUACAGGAAACGGAAAGAAACUAAGCGAAAAUACUUACAAACGUUGUGUGACUAGAAAGUUGAGCGGAAAAAAUGUGCGAUGGCUAACAAGACUGGACGAAAAAACUGCGAUGAUGUUGAAGUGAACGCUAAAGCGAAAUGAAUUAGAAUAAACGAUGAAACUUACAAAAUGAUCUAAGAACAAAGAAAAUUAUACAGAGAAAUCUAACAGAAUAUGAAUAGCGAUUACUGAAAAGAAUGUGAAAGGAAUGUGCAACUAUACAAAGAACUAAACGCUAAACAUAUUGACGUGGAAUGCGGCCGUAACAAGCACUGUUCUUGUUGACAGUGAGUGACGCUUCGACAACCUGUGCGGUAGUUAGGCCUAGAUACAAAUAUCACGAAAAUUGCCUAAAUAUUUUUCCGGAAUUUCCCAAUUGUUUUUCUAAAUAUCUCGAAAAAGUUCUAAAAUAUCUCAAAAAUAUCUGGCUUCGUUUCAUAAAUAUUACUUAACAGUAUAAACAACAAAACAAGCCGCUCAUCUAAAAUUGCGACAGAAAUUUCAGCAAAUUUCAGGAAAUUAUACCCUUGUACAGCAUACUACAAAACUCUAAGCAAUUCCACAUAAAGUCAGCCUUGUUUACAGCACCACUCGGCCUACAAGAAAACUAGGGCACUGCACUUUAAUACAGGCAGAGAUGGUGAAAGACCAUUAGGUGCUGGAGGUCUAAAGGGGUCUAAUGCAUAGCUUGUGCGUGCCUUAAAGCGUUCGUCAUCAGCCAUUUUGUUGAACAUUAACCACAUUGCAUAUAUUAUAUAAAUGAAGAAUAUUGUUGAAUCUGAUUACAAAAGGCCCAUAUGUGGAGAUUGGUUUGAAUUUCUGUCACUGAAAUGCCCAUGCCCUAAUUAGCAUUGAAGUAGCUUCCUAGAAAAAACAUGAUUUCAGUACUUUUUUCAAAUUCUAAAUAUCACAAUUUUUUCCUGAAUAUCAUGAGAUUUUCUAAAUAUCCCACAAUCUUCUAAAUAUCUUAAAAAAUAUUCAGAUAUUUUUAUCUAGGCAUAGCGGUAGUCGCCUUCAGAGUCAAAAUGAGUUGUAUCACGCCAGUUGAUGGUAUUAUACUCUGGUUAUUGACCUGACUGGUCAAUUACGUCGCGAUGUUAUUGGUCGUCUGUGAGUAAGCCGUGAUGUUGUUGGCUAUGAAGACUCGUAAUGUAAUUGGUGCGCUUCGAUCCGUCUAUUGUUGGUCAAAUUGUCAGUUUUCCAGUCGUUCUCUCGUAGUAAGUUUUGCUUGAUUUUGUCAAUAAGUUGUUUGUACGGUGCCGGUAACUGUUGACUACGAUUCAAGGACGUUUGUUUUAAGUUAGUAAACCAGCUUUCUAAAGUGAGUCGUAGAUACUAGUCUGUAGAAUUUGUGAUACAUCUCGCAGUCCCAGUCGAUUUGAUGUUUCGUCUGUAAAUAGUGUUCAGCAAUGUGAUUGUUGACGUCACCAUUUCUCUUCGCUCGUUUGUGUUCGGUCAGUCGCGUGCUUAGGUUUCUAUCGGUUUCACCAAAGUAAGUAGCCUGGCAGAAGCAGCAUUUGAUCUUGUAUAGUGCUCCCUGUCUGUCCUCCGGUUUGUCUUUGUCCUUGACAUUAGUAAGUAGUCGCCGUAACGUGGUUAUCGGUUUGUGUGCAACACGUAUAUUAUAAGGGUUUAGUAUACGUGCGAUGGUUUCAGAGGUGCCUCUGAUGUACGGUAUAGUCGCUGUCGUAACAGGGCCAGAGUUGACGUUGGUGUGACUCUUGGAGUACGUUCAGCAGGACGAUCAAACUCAACCUACUUUUGAAAUGACUCAUGGGUUCAAACCUUUCACAGUUUUAUAAAAAAUACUCUUUAGGAAGAUAUUGGAUGCAAAUGAAUUAAUUCAAAUAAACCCAUAAACCAAUCACAAACAAGGAAAUGUCUGCGAAGUGAAUGAAGCUUACCCGACUACGUAAGUGACCACUAUCGAAUUGCCCCGUUCAUUGGAAAACGUUAGGGACCUUAAGAUCUGAGGACGGCGACAGCAGCGAAAACGUCGCUGAAAAAGUGAAUUCGCGUUCUUUCAAUCUUCAUCGCGAUUACUCCAAGUCACUAACUUUGUCAAAGGUGAACCCUCCUAAAAGUUGAAUUCCUAAGAACCAUAUCCAAGUUCAAAAAGAAGGAGGAAAUUUCGUCGUCGCUUAAUUGUGUACUUCCGCUGUAAAAAGUGAAAAUAGACAUUUUCACGUCGUAGUCGUGCAGUGAUGGCAAAUAAAUGUACAAAAAAGCGUGAUGCACGCGCAAAAUUGUUUUGCUUAUUAAACCUCUUGCUUUCUUUGACGUUCUCGUUGUCGUCUCCGUCGUCGGAUCUUUUAAAAAGGCCCUAUUUUACCCCUAACCGACGGAGACGUAGACACUCUUGGCUACUAGGAUAUCUCUUCUUUUUGGGGCAGCUGUUUAAGUCUUGGUUAGCUGUAAACAAUGAAUUCAAAUUAACUUCAAACUUGGUGUUGAUAUAAAUAACUAAUGAUCUGACAUUUUUCAUUAAUGACACGAACACCUGAUCCAGUAUAGAAGGCUGCUUCCCUUAAACGUUGAAAACAAAAGAGUUCAAAUUAUUACAAAAAUCUUCCCAAGAUUUCGCUGCAUACUUUCAACGAAUUCGUUUGAAUCAGCCCCGUAUUAUGGAUCAUCCGCAUUCCAGCGAGCUCCUGAAAAGAGCACAGCAUCUAGUUUGGAUUGAAGCAAUUUUCCUUGCUAUCGUCAAUACAAUGGCCAUCUCAGGAAACAUUUCUGUUUGCUACGCCGUGUAUAGAAACCAGAGACUUCGUUCGGUUUCCAAUAUGUUUAUUGUAGCGCUAGCUGUCAGUGAUUUACUAACAUCUUUCAGCUGUAUGCCUCUGUCAGUUGCUACUCUCGUUCAGAGCCGAUGGAUAUUCGGGACUACUGUUUGUCAACUGCAGGGUUUUGCAAUUUUUACGUUUUCAUUGGCGUCUCUAAAUACCAUGGAGAUUAUUGCAAUCAGCCGAUAUUUUUGCGUAGUGAAACCAACGAGGUACAUUGUUUUAUUCAGAAAACAAAGAAUUGUGUUGUACACUGCGGCAGUAUGGUGUAUGGCUCUCAUUGGUUCAGUGCCUCCGCUAAUUUUUCAGACAGGCGGAUACACUUUCCAACUAGCAAAAGCAAUGUGCAUGUACCCAUUCCAAAGUAACAUUGCUUAUACCGUCUUCAUCGAAUGUGUGUUUGUCGCUGCGCCCUUUACACUGAUCACUUUCUGCUACGCCAAAGUGUUCUACACAGUGUCAAGAUCAAAUCGUGUUUUCACGCAAGAAAAUAACCCUGAACAGCUCAGAGCAAACGUCGAAGAAGCCAAAGUGACCAAGACAUUAGCUUUGGUCAUGGUCAGUUUCUCCUUAUGUUGGCUUCCUAUCAGCAUUAUGGAUUACAUCGACGCAGCACGCGGGGAACCCACUUUGCCACGACAGGUAUAUCUUACAUACGGGUUUCUGGUCUACCUAAGUAGUACAAUUAACCCCUUCAUAUAUGGCGCUACCAAUAGGCACUUCAGACGAGAGUACAAAGCUAUUUUGAAAAAGAUU